AGAGGUUUCAGGUUAAGAAGUUAGGAAUUUUAUUUGCUCCAGGGAUCUGCAGCUCUCUGGGCAUGUGUGAGUUUGCCUGGCAGAACAGGAACUUGAUGGCUUAAAGUCACUUUAAUUCAGGCAGAGUCCAUGGGUUCUACUUCAGCCAAGCCCUUUAAAAAUCAGAAGUAUGAAGACCUCAAGCUGCAGUGCCUUGAACAGAAGAAGCUCUUCGAAGACCCUGAAUUUCCUGCUUCUGAUGCAUCUCUCUUCUAUCUCAAUCCACUAGAAAAUGUGGAAUGGAAACGCCCCAAGGAGUUCUGUGAAGAUCCUCAUCUGACUGUACACGGAAUCAGUUCCCAUGAUUUACAUCAAGGGAGACUGGGAAACUGUUGGUUUGUGGCUGCCUGUUCUUGCCUAGCUCUUCGGAAGAAUCUCUGGCAAAAGGUGUUCCCAAAUAUUAAGGAACAGGACUGGGACCAAAAGAGGCCAGACAAACAUGCUGGAAUAUUUCAUUUCCGCUUCUGGUGCUUUGGAGAAUGGAUUGAUGUGGUCAUAGAUGAUCGGUUGCCAACUGUAGACAACAAACUGAUCUACUGUUCUUCUAAGGACCCCAAUGAAUUCUGGAGUGCGCUUCUGGAAAAAGCUUAUGCAAAGAUGGCAGGCUCCUACGAAGCCUUGGAUGGUGGCAGCACAGCUGAGGCAAUUGUUGACUUCACAGGAGCAGUGGCAGAAUCCAUCAACCUGGCUGAUGGUAAUUAUGACCACAGCAUCAUCGAGCAGGUGAAACUCUUUGAAGUCUUGCUGAAAGUUCAUAAAAGGGGAGGCCUAAUCAGCUGCUACAUCAUGCCUUCAUCCUCCCAUGAUUUUGAGGUUCAGACUGACAAGGGCUUAGUCAAAGGCCAUUCCUAUUCUGUGACAUCAAUCCUGAGGAUGUCUCUUGGACAGAAGCACUUGUGCAGUGUGAAGUCUGAUAAACUCUUCAUGAUCCGACUAAGGAAUCCAUGGGGAAACAAGGAAUGGAAAGGAGCAUGGAGUGAUGAAUCUGAGGAGUGGAAAAGAGUAAGCAAAUCAGAGCGCACAAGUUUAGGACUCACCUUUGAAAAUGAUGGAGAAUUUUGGAUGACAUUUGAAGACUGGUGCAAGAACUUCACUGAUGUGGACGUCUGCCGGAUUGUGAACACAUCCUUCUUCAGUAUCCAUAAGACCUGGGAAAAGAAAAUGAUGCGUGGACAGUGGACAAAGAAUCCAGACCCCUUGUUAAAUCACUCUGGGGGAUGUUUAAACAACAAAGCCACUUUUCUCCAAAACCCUCAGUACAUCUUUGAUGUGAAGAAGGUAGAGGACCAAGUGUUGAUCUCGCUACAGCAGAAGGACCAACGUAUUCACAAGAAAGAAGGUGCAGGAGCUAACCUUUUUAUUGGCUUUGAAAUCUUCAAGGUGGAAGAUAAUAGAGAAUAUCGCUUGCACCAGUUGAAAAUACAAGAGAGGAUAACUAACUUCAACUACAUUAGCAAUCGCAUUGUGUACUUGAAGGUGCUUCUCAAGCAAGGCCGAUACCUUUUGAUCCCAACCACCUUUGCCCCAAACAUUGAAGAAGAAUUUAUUCUGAGGCUCUUCACAGAUGUUCCAUCAGAACUUAGGGAGCUGAAGCUGAAUAAACCCAGGUUGACUUUUCUGGAUAUCCUGCUUGGUGUCCCUAAGAGGGUGUCCCUUGUUAAAGUCUACAGAGUAGAAGGACUCCAGAGUCAAGACAGUCAAGGGGAAGUCAACCCUUAUAUAAUUAUUAAGUGUGAGAACUGCAAGGUUCGGUCACCUGCCCAGAAAGGUACUGCGAAUCCUGUUUUCAACACCCAGGCUAUUUUCUACAAAAGCAAGAUUGACAGCCCUAUUAUUGUCCAGGUCUGGCACAACACCUUCCGUGACCGAUUCCUGGGAGAAGUCCGGCUGUCUGGGUCACCAAGCGACCCCCAGAAUCUUCAGAAGCACCAACUCCAUGGCAGAGGCCAGCAGGAAGCAGAAGAAGUUCCAGGUCAAAUCACCGUCAAGAUUCUUUCCAGUGAUGACCUGGUGGAGCUAUGAAUGUGGAGGCUGACGGACUCAGAAGGGGAGCUAUGCUUUGCACAUAGGUGUAUGUUGCUUUCAAAAUCCCUUCCUUGAUUUGUAAUCUCUGGAUUGCAAUUGGACAGUACAGAAAUCUGUGAAGAGAGACAGAUGGGGCAGGAUUGCCACUGAUGUGAUGACCUCCUCUCUCUUCCUCUCUCUCUCUCCAUACAUAGUUUACUCUCCUAAAUUGUAAUCAGUUGCAAACAAUGGGUUCACUCCUACCGUUGGGUGGAUCUACUAUUUUUGUUGUUGUUAUAGCUUUUCAGCCUUUUGGUUAAAAAAAAAAGGGAUGUUGUCACAGAGAUGGCCAGGUUAGUUUCCAAACCCAAUCCCCAAGUAAGCCUCACAUCAGUUGAGGAUUCUCAUUGGAAAUGGUCAGCUGAGUUCCCGUUGGGUUGACAUAUCAGCCCUAUGCUGUGUCCCAAAUCCUGCCAGGACUCCUGAGAAGAGAGAGAACCCAUUCUCUUUCCUGCUUCUUCAGAAUCAAGGUGGCCAUCCAAGGAGAUGCUCUAUCUGACGUGCAGGAUGAGCCAUCCCAUGACGAGAGGCCUAACGUUCCAGAAUGGCUUAAAUAUGCCCUUUGCGUUUGGGAAGUCUAGCAAAUGAGUAGCUUGCCUAUCUUGCACGUGAGCCAAAAAAAAUCACAUAACAGACAACUGUUCUCCAACAGUCACCAUUUCUUCCUGAUGUGUAUGUAGGACAAUCGUUCACUGGACCUGCUCUGGCAUUGGUUCCUCCAGUAGAAAUAGCCCUUGAGGAGAGCAUCACUCCAAACAUUCCUGCUGGUGGGAAGAGAGGCAGAGAGAGAUGAGGGCUUUCUUUGGGUGCCCCUCAAAAGCCUUGUCCCCUCACAUUCCAGAGGGUUCCUCAACAUCUAGAGCACAUUUGCAGGGAGACAUAAAAGGGUUGGGCGGGUGGAGAGGGAAAGGACACAUUUACAUACAUUUAACUGCUGCCUGAAGAAUUCUCCUCCAUUCAAAGUCUGCACUAGAGGGAAGGCGUCCUGUUGUUGACAAGACAUUUAUGAUGGAUCCAAGCCAACGCACCGAAAAUAAUACCUGUACGCUGCACUUUUGCUCCUGUCAGAGCGAGGCUCUAUAUUGAAUACAUGUAAUAUAUUUAAAUAUAUAGAAUAUAUUUAAUAAAUGUAUUAAAUAUCAGGAAUAAUAUAUUCUACUAUUAACAUCCUCUAUAUGAGUAAUAGCAAUAGGCAUUUAUAUUGCACUUUUUAUAAGCACAAAGCACAUAUAUUAUGUCAACAAUUCUUAUUGGAGAUGGUAUAACAAAUGCACUUCUGUCUGUGUUAUUUAUGCCCAUACUGCAGAGGGAAGAAAGGGAAGACUGAGGCUGCCUGCUAAGGAAGUAUUGUUUGUUUUGAAACAGACACACAGUAAAAUCUUGAAACUGAAUCCAGUGUUGGUCCCUUCCUAUAUGGUUGAUGGUGGCAUUUGGGCUUAGAUUAGCAGGGCAUCUGUUCAAAGGAUGCUGUGAUGGAAUCUCAAUUUUUGUAACAGCUAGUUGGCAUUUCCCUCCUCCAGAGCUCCCCUGUGACUUCAUUGGGAGUUAAUGCUCUAUAUUUAAGGAAUCUCCCUUCUAGCAUGUCUGUUUUAGUUAAGCUAUCAACACACUUGGAGUGUUUUGAAAUACAGUGUCAAACUCCCCUUGAGAUUAUUCUCCUGGGGUCUUAGUCACACAGUAGUAAUUUUUAAAUCAU